AUGUCUGACAAAAUUGAAAUUUUGAAAUUCGCCGACAAGGACGGAGCUUACAAGAGAAAGGCCUCCACAUUCAGAGACUUCAUCUCCCGGACUCCCGGAUCGAAGUUUCCGCCAGAAGCCAACAGAUACCACUUGUACGUUUCAUUGGCAUGUCCAUGGGCACACCGUACUUUGAUCACCCGUGUGCUCAAGGGCCUUACGCUGUUCAUUUCUGUCUCUGUCGUUCAUUGGCAUAUGGACGAUAAAGGCUGGAGAUUCCCUACUAAGGAGGAGCUCGAGAAGUUGCCCAAGGGCGACGAAUCUUUAGGUACCGUUGAUCAUUUGUACGAUUUCGACCGCAUCAGACAAAUUUACUUCAAGGCUGAUCCAAACUACCUGGGUAGAUUCACUGUUCCAGUGCUCUGGGAUAAGAAGUCGGAGACCAUUGUCAACAACGAGAGUAGUGAGAUCUUGCGCAUGCUCAACACCGAGUUCAAUGAUUUGGUGGAUGCCAGCCAUGCUGAAGUGAAUCUCUACCCUGAGGAGUUGCAGGCUCAGAUUGACGACAUCAAUUCCUGGGUGUAUGACACCAUCAAUAAUGGAGUGUAUAAGGCCGGAUUCUCUACGUCCCAGUCUGUUUACGACAAGGAGGUUGCUACGUUGUUUGAGCAUCUCGACAAGGUGGAGGCUAUUCUCAAGAAGAAUGCUGACAAGAGCGAGAAGUUUUUGAUCGGUAAUCAGUUGACUGAGGCCGAUGUGCGUUUAUUCACCACCAUUGUCAGAUUCGAUCCAGUGUACCACCAACACUUUAAGUGUAACCUUGGCAUGAUUAGACACGACUAUCCAUACCUCCACGACUGGUUGCGUUUGUUGUACUGGAAGAUUCCUGGUUUCAAGGAGACCACCGACUUUGAGCACAUCAAGUACCAUUACACCAAGUCACAUGUUGGUAUUAACCCACACGGAAUCACUCCUGCUGGGCCAGUGCCCAACAUUCAGCCUCUCUAG